AUGGCGAGCCAAGAGAAGCCCAUCACGCCGUCGCCAUCUCCUCCGGCGCCGCCCCAACCACCGCCGCCCGAGGGAGUCCCCCGCAUCCGCGGGUUCGGCGGAGGCGCGGGGGGCGGAGGGUACCCUAACCCUCCGGACGCGGCGCUGCCCGACGCGGCUACGCUGCGGGACCAGUGGCGGUUCGCGGUGCGCCAGUACAGCCGGUGGUACUCCCAAGCCUGGGGCACCGCCAUUCUCGCUGGCGGCGCCUUCUUCGCCCUCGGCUGGCUCGUGAAGGGUUCCAACCCCCUUCCCUCCCGCGCCGAUCCCCGUCCCCCCAGCGGCGCCAGCGCGGACGAGGAUAAAAAGUGA